UAUUUGGCUCUCGGUCUGGAGGUCCCGCCGUAGGAAGAGCAGAAACUGCGCUUGUGUUCGUUGUGAAGUGUAAGAGGAUCAGUGAGUUGUUCUCGUAGUUUAUGUUACUUUUAGGAAGUCAUAUAUAUAUGUUCCUACAGUCUUUGUAAUUGGUAACAAAUAUUGUUAAAGAUACGAAGUUUAACAGUAUUAAAUUAUUUUAUUGUGUAUAGACGGAUCGGAGAGAAUUAACUAGACAAUGAAGUGUCGGCGGUUAUGAAAACUAGUUUUGACAAUGACUCCGUGUCUCUAAAACAAGUUUUUUAAAUAAAGGAGCAGCAUGUCACAGCGGAGGGUUUCCCAUUCCCAAUCCCGGCCUUCAGCGAGCCGGCAGGUAAUUGAGGAUGAUGAGGAGGACCUGUCCUUCACUCUACCCAGCUCCUCUCAAGUGCAGAGAGGGAUGGAUCGCCUCACGUCAGCUGAGGUCGACAGAAAGGUAGCUGAGGUGGUCCAGUUUAUUCUUAUCAAGGAUCAGAAAAAGGUUCCCAUCAAGAGAGCAGACAUUAUAAAGAAUGUUAUCAAGGAGAACAGGAAUAUCUAUCCAGAGAUCAUGAAGAAGGUUAACAUGACCUUUGAAAAGGUGUUUGGACUGAAGCUGGUGGAGAUUGAUGUCAAGAAUCAUGCUUUUAUCCUAGUGAAUAACCUGGAGCAGGUCACAGACCGGCUUGCCAGCAUGAACCCAGCUCACCCUAAGACAGGACUGCUGUUCGUCAUCCUGAGUGUCAUUUUCAUGAAGGGGGGAGCCGUCAAGGAGGCCGUAGUGUGGAACACCCUGAAGAAGCUGAGAGUGGAUCCUGGGGAGCGGCAUGAGGAAUUUGGAGAUGUGAAGAAGCUGCUCACAGAUGAAUUUGUCAGACAGAAGUACCUGGAGUAUGCGCGUAUCCCCCACACCGACCCCCCAGAGCACGAGUUUCGUUGGGGCUUACGGGCCGAGAGCGAGGUCUCCAAGACACGGCUGUUGGAGUUUGUGGCCCAGCUUCAUGAGAAGGAGCCUCAGAACUGGCCCAAGCAGUAUAAGGAAGCCACGACCUCUGACGCGAGGAGCAGCCAGGCGUCGUGACUGCGGGGGAGGGAGGGCUCCUGCCUUCGGGGGAGGCCUGCCGAGCGGCUCGGGCUCCUGCCUUCGGGGGAGGCCUGCCGAGCGGCUCGGGCUCCUGCCUUCGGGGGAGNCGAGCGGCUCGGGCUCCUGCCUUCGGGGGAGGCCUGCCGAGCGGCUCGGGCUCCUGCCUUCGGGGGAGGCCUGCCGAGCGGCUCGGGCUCCUGCCCGCAAGGACCCUGAUAACUUACUUACCUCUGUUCUGUAUGUCUGAAUUUGUAAGCUUUUAUAUAUAAUUUAAUAAAUUGUUACCUUCAUGGCUCUUUGCAACAA